GGUUUGGGCGGAAGGGCUGGUUGCGCGGUUCCUGGGUAGCAUGGUCUCAGGCAGGCUGUUUGUAAGGCUGCUGCGCGCGCUAUGCAGUUCCAGGUCUCAGACCUCCCUCGAGGGCGUGCCCUUCCUCAGGGGCCUGCACGCGGGCCGCGAGCCCCGAAGGCUCUCCAUCGAAGGCAACAUUGCCGUGGGAAAGUCUACCUUUGUGAAGUUACUCGAGAAAACUUACCCAGAGUGGCACGUAGCUACAGAACCUGUAGCAACAUGGCAGAACGUCCAGGCUGCUGGCACACAAAAAGCCUGCACUACCCCAAAUCUGGGGAACUUGCUGGAUUUGAUGUAUCGGGAGCCAGCACGAUGGUCCUACACAUUCCAGACAUUUUCUUUUAUGACCCGCCUGAAAGUAGGGCUGGAGCCCUUCCCUGAGAAGCUCUUACAGGCCGAGAAAGCAGUACAGAUCUUUGAGAGGUCUGUGUACAGUGACAGGUAUAUCUUUGCAAAGAGUCUUUUUGAAAAUGGUUCCAUCAAUGAUAUGGAGUGGCAUAUCUAUCAGGAAUGGCAUUCUUUUCUCCUGCAGGAGUUUGCCAGCCGGCUCCAAUUAUGCGGCUUCAUCUACCUUCAGGCUACUCCCCAGGUUUGUCUGAAGAGGCUACACCAGAGAGACAGGAAAGAAGAGAUAGGACUUGAGCUGCCAUAUCUCGAGCAGCUUCAUGAUCAACACGAAGCCUGGCUUGUUCACAAGACCACCAAGCUCCACUCUGAGGCCCUGCUGAACAUUCCAGUGCUGGUGUUGGAUGUCAACGAUGAUUUUUCUAAAGAAGUAACCAAACAAGAAGAACUCAUGAGAAAGGUAGACACCUUUGUAAAUGGUUUAUAACCAAUACCAGGAUGUACUGGCUAUGCUGUGGGCUCACUGACUCUCUGAAGCUAGAAAAGCACCGAGUGAACCACCUUCCCAUCCUUACCCCCACCUCCUUGUACCCUGAGUGCUGACACUUCAUGAUGUAGUUUCUGUUACUCGUAGACUUUGUCAUGGUCUUCUUUUGUAUCUCAAAGUUUUCUAUAAUAAAGCUUAUAUAAGUUUUGCUUAUUUUGCUAA